AUGGCCAACCAAAGCUCUCCAGCGGGCUUCCUCCUUCUGGGCUUCUCAGAACACCCACGCCUAGAAAAGAUUCUCUUCGUGGUUGUCCUGCUUUCCUACCUCCUGACUCUGAUGGGCAACACCCUCAUCAUCCUGCUGUCCUCGCUGGACCCCAGGCUCCGCUCCCCCAUGUACUUCUUCCUCUCCAACCUCUCCUUCCUGGACCUCUGCUUCACCACAAGCUGUGUCCCCCAGAUGUUGGUCAACCUCUGGGGUCCCAAGAAGACCAUCAGCUUCCUGGGGUGCUCUGUCCAGCUCUUCAUCUUCCUGUCCCUUGGGACCACAGAGUGCAUCCUCCUGGCGGUGAUGGCCUUUGACCGCUAUGUGGCUGUGUGCCAACCCCUCCACUAUGCCACCAUCGUCCACCCGCGCCUGUGCCGGCAGCUGGCGGCUGUGGCCUGGGCCAUUGGGCUGGUGGAGUCCGUGGUCCAGACGCCACCCACCCUCCGCCUGCCCUUCUGUCCCCACCAUGAGGUGGAUGAUUUUGUCUGUGAGGUGCCAGCUCUCAUUAGGCUCUCCUGCGGGGACACCACCUACAAUGAAAUCCAGAUGGCUGUGGCCAGUGUGUUCAUCUUGGUUGUGCCUCUCAGUCUCAUCCUUGUCUCUUAUGGAGCCAUCGCCCGGGCGGUCCUGAGGAUUAACUCUGCUAUAGCAUGGAAAAAAGCUUUAGGGACCUGCUCCUCCCACCUCAUUGUGGUCACCCUCUUCUACAGCUCAGUCAUUGCCGUCUACCUGCAGCCCAAAAAUCCCUAUGCCCAAGAGAGGGGCAAGUUCUUCGGUCUCUUCUAUGCCGUGGGCACUCCUUGUCUUAACCCUCUCAUCUACACCCUGAGGAACAAAGAGGUAAAGAGGGCGUUCAGGAGAUUGCUGGGGAAAGAUGGAGAAUCCAGAGAGAGCUGAAGGAGAAUCAUUUAGUGGACUUCUAAAUGAAGAAAGCUUCCAUCAUGAUUUGUAAAAAUGCUGAGCUCCCCAAGAC